UCUCGAUGAUGAUGAUGAUAAUUUCCGUCUGACAGGAGAUAAGUUAAUCGCCGUUCGUUCCUUGGAUCCAUCCUUCUUUCACUCUUUUUGAUUGCAUGGUCAUUCUUUGUCUUUCCCUACACCAUACAUCUCUAUUUAGCUUUAUAAUUCACCCUUCUGCUACUGCUUUUCAAUGUAACCCUUUUAUCGAUCGUUUCUUCUGCUAUCAAUAUGCCCGAGUCCUCGGAUGUACUCCCCGCUCAUAUCCAGUCUAUCCGUCGAUCUGCUACUCUGCCGACCAAACUACAUCCCCGGAAGCAGCCCAGCUCCGAAUUUUUGCGCACUACAGCCUCCGAAAAUGACAUGUUCUUCCACCCGUCUGCGAAGAUAGUGCAUUUCUCCCCCCGAGCUCUUGCGCCUAUACCCUCGAGUACCGCUCCCGCCGAUUUCGAUUACCCGGUUGACACUAUCGAAACUCUUCCAUGGCGAUCGGCGACUGAGCGAACAGUUGCCUGUGCGCCUCUGAGGCUCGAGAAGGUGCAUGGCCUGACUGUCUUUCUGAAAUGUGGGAGUGUCGUUCAUGCAAUACUCAAAAACUCACAGUGUUGGUGUGUGGAUGGAGAGUCAACGUUUGUUCUGCGCAUAAGACCUCUCACAUACUAUCGCAUCGAACUUCCGAAUGAGACUGAGGAAGAUAAGAAACUUGUGGCGGCUAUGAAAGAGGCGCUUUCUAAAGUUUUGCGAUACGAAGUAACGCCAUGCCCCUUCAAAAGAGGUUUUACUGUUGAGAUACCCGAAGAAGCGAAAGCUCCAAGGCGGAAACGGGCAUGGCGCCCAAAGGGGCGAAGAGAAAGUGCCCCCGUUCGAUCGAUGUCGGUAUUGAAAAACGCGUCCGCGGCGGAAGACUUGGCUUUGCUUAAUGGAAGCACUGGGGAAGAUACGGAUGGAAAUACAACCGACGAUAGCGGCUUCACCACGAAAGACAGUAAUAGCACAAUUCUGGAGACGGUCCCCGAUGAUGAGGAGGAGGCGCCCUCUUCAGCCACCGUUCCCGGGGUGCUGCCUCUUCCCACAAGCUCCGUGGCGGAAACACAACAUAGCUUCGAAACCUUGCUGGCAAGGUUCGAAGAGGCCUCCGACCUGCAGGUUGAUCCUGACAUGUCCUACUCCUCAAGUAUCGAAUCAUUCCACUCGAUUGAAAUGCCACCAUCUCCAGCCGCUGAGAUCCAUUCCCCAUUGACAACCGCAUCGCCGUUGUCAGUCGCUUGUCCGGACAAAUUGCCGGAUCAACAAGAAUGUUUGGCGGACGACAUGGCAUUUCAUCUGACGGAUUCGUCCAAGAAGAAAUUCCCUUCAGCAGCAGAACGCAUCAAUAGCACGGCUUCUCAGGCUGAAACUUCACCGAUGGACCAGUCCUCAGGGUCGAGUUCCACGUCGUUCCUGGACAUCCCCUCGAGCGCUGAGACUGACCUUGCAAAGAACCUGAGCGACAUGAGCAUUGAAUUUCGCCGGCGCUCCAAAGCGUCGCGAGAACGAGAGAUAUCGCCAAUGCCACCAUCGUCCAUUCUGGUCAGUAGUAGUCCACCGGAAAAGCAAGAUGCGGCCUCCAUCCUCCAGAAAACUGCGGCCCUUGUCCUGGUGCCUCCAGUGCAAUUGUUCAUAUUGUUGAUCCACAUUGCGGCGAGAAUUGUCCUAGGCCCAGCUCUCAACUCAGCGAUGGGCGAUUUCAACCGAAAACUUGAAUAUCAUGCCACCAAUUCUCAAGAAGCCGUCGAUGACUAUGAUAUUCCAAUUGCGCCUGACCGUCGAACAGCAACAGGGUCGGAUGUCACGAAGAAACUCGAUCCCUGGGAUCUGGACUAACCAUGUCAUAAUCCACCUCCAUCGUCUUUCCCUGAUACCUAUCUUUCUCUUGCCUAUUUUUUUCAGUACCGUGUUUUAAUGUCCUCUCGUUUCUCAUUCAGGCGCCUUCUCGCUUGGGCGCACCGCAUUCUUGGUCUCUAACGACUCCUCUUGUAUGAUCUUUCUCUGCUGUUCCAUGUCUGUUUGGGCGGUCAUAAGAUUCUUCGGUGGAUCAAGUCUCGCAUUGGAUAUGUACUCCCUAAUGAAACCUGUACCUUUAGCGUGUAUCAUCGAUUGCCAAUAUACCCGUUUCCAUUGAAAGUUGCAGAUGAGGCAUUG